AUGCCCGUUACUGAUCCGUCAUCGUAUGGCUCAUCGAGCAAUGGCCCGCCGUCUAUAACAAAGCCAAAUAAUGAAUUUGCGCUUGGUACGAGAGGCAUACUGGUCUUUUGCACUUUGUCUGUCCUAACGCUUAUGGCUGCUCUGGAUGGAACUUCGCUCUCAGUUGCUCUACCAACUAUCGCCGAAGCCCUAGAUGGAACAGCGAUUGAAGCUUUCUGGAGUGGAACUUCUUUCCUACUUGCCUCCACAGUCUUCCAACCCAGCUUUGCAUCUUUUUCUAACAUAUUUGGCCGCCGUCCAAUGAUCUUACUUGCUAUUCUGUUCUUCUGCGUCGGUGCCAUCCUCUGUGCCAUUGCAAAAAACUUCACCUACAUGCUAGUAGGCCGAUCUAUUCAGGGUGUUGGUGGAGGCGGUAUCCUAGCCCUGAGCGAAGUGAUCAUUACUGACAUCGUGCCCCUGCGAUGGCGAGGUCAAUACUUCGGCAUCUUAAGUGCGAUGUGGAGCCUGGGCUCAGUGACUGGCCCUAUUCUCGGUGGAGGAUUUGCUGAGAGUGUCACUUGGCGGUGGAUUUUCUACAUCAAUUUCCCUUUCAUCGGAAUAGGAGCCGUCUUUGUCGCUUUAUUCCUCAAUCUCAACCUCUUGCCCGCCUCAUUGGUUGAGAAGCUCCGCAAGAUCGAUUACCUCGGUACUCUCCUAUUCGUUGCCAGCUUGUCUUCCUUCUUGAUCCCUCUUUCGUGGGGUGGUGUCUCCUAUCCUUGGAGCUCCUGGCACACUCUCGUCCCUCUGAUUGUCGGGGCUUUGGGUCUUAUAGCCUUCGCAUAUUAUGAAUACCGCUUUGCAACUGACCCCAUUAUCCCACCAAUGAUCUUUGCCAAUAUCACAGCAACAGUCUCCUUCGUUGAAAGUAUUCUGCAAGGCCUUGUCUUGUGGUGUGCUCUCUACUAUCAGCCACUAUACUACGAGGCCGUGAAGGAGUACUCACCCAUCAUCUCCGGCGUGGCCCUUUUCCCAGAGACCUUUACUGUCGCACCAAGCGCCAUGGUGACCGGCAUUCUUAUCACAAAGACCGGCCACUACCGUUGGGCUAUCUGGAUGGGGUGGGUUCUUUCAACAUUAGGAAUAGGACUGUUGCUUAUCAUCAAACCCGACACGAGCACCUACGGCUGGAUCCUCAUCAACAUCGUGCCCGGCCUGGGACUAGGCGUUUUGUUCCCCUCCCUUGCAUACGCCGUGCAAGCAUCGACAGCACCAGAAAACCUCGCUAUCGGAGUCGCAAUGUUCAGUUUUUUCCGGGCUCUCGGACAGGCGAUUGGUGUUGCUAUUGGCGGAGUGGUUUUCCAGAAUGAGAUGUAUAAAAACCUUCUCAAGUACUCUUCUCUCGCACCCAUGGCCAGUUCUUACAGUCAGGAUGCAGCCGGGCUGGUCCAGAUCAUCAAGGGCAUGGCAGAUGGCGCGGACAAGUCCAAUCUCAAGCUGGCGUAUACUGACAGCCUGCGUAUCGUGUGGGCGGUCUGCUGUGCUAUCUCUGGAGUGGCUCUGAUCCUCAGUCUAUUCACCAGGGCUUACGAUCUGAAUGUCGAUCUUGAAACCGCUCAAGGUCUCCGCGGUCUCGACGAGAUUGAUCUCACUGAAAAGGAUGUUGAGGCGCAUGAGGAGGCAUCAACUCAACCAACUACCACCCCUUGGGCAUACUGA